AUGGCGCCGGCGAAGAAGAGACGGCAGGAGGUUGCAAGCGUCGAGCCUGCGCGGGAGGUGUACGUUUUCGAGUGGACCUUGAAGGUUGAGAUAACUGAGUUUGAUCCUGAGACGUUCGAUCACUGCAACGGUUACGAACAACAGAGUUUUGCAUUAGAACUGAGAAAAGACAACGACCACGACGAGCAGGGCGUAUCAGGAGACGCCUAUGGCUCGAGAGAUUCCGUGCUCGAGGCCGCCAAGACAAAAUUCGACGAACUCUGCGAAGAACACUUUGGAGAAGGUCUUGACGAAGAAGACUCGCCCUCGGAUGACGAAGACGUGUCGAAGGCUCAGAUACAGGCGGAGGUGAUGAGUGCUGACGAGCUCUUUUUGAAACAUGCCGUGUUUGAGCCCAGGUCGAAGGAGAAGACAAAGAACUACGUGAUUGGGUUCGAACGGAGCGGAGCGUGGGAGAAAUCGGACUGGAAUUAUCGUCUCAGGCUGGUGGGGACGCAUGUGAUGCACAGCGACAUCAAGGUAAACAUCAGGAAGGUGCGCGUUCUGCCGUGA